AUCGGAUUUCAAGUAAGGAGACAGCUAUUGCCAUUUGAAAAGCCGAACGGAGCCAUCAUCCUGGCCAAGCUCUCGGUCGUGCCCGUGAGGCGAGGCUACUGGGGCAACAAGAUCGGCAAGCCCCACACCGUGCCCUGCAAGGUGACUGGCAAGUGCGGCUCCGUGUUGGUGCGUCUGAUCCCAGCGCCCCGCGGAACCGGCAUCGUGUCUGCCCCCGUUCCCAAGAAGCUGCUGAACAUGGCUGGCAUCGAGGAUUGCUACACGUCCGCCCGAGGCUCGACCGGCACCCUUGGAAACUUCGCCAAGGCGACCUACACGGCCAUCGGCAAGACCUAUGCCUACCUUACUCCAGACUUGUGGAAGGAAAUGCCCCUGGCCACCGCCCCGUACCACGAGUACGCCGACUACUUGGCCAAGAACCACCGCGUCGUUGGCACUGGUCUCCAGUAAAAUAAAAAAUGGAUCUUCUAAUUAAACCUUGGAAACGGAUCCACGACUGAAAAUAUAA